AGAAAGCAUCUCUCGCCUCCACGUACACACGUACUGUACGUUUCGCUCACCGCCCAACCCAAAAACCCGUUCCACGCGCACAAACAAACCUGAGCCUCGUCCCCUCUCCCACUCCCUCUCCCUUUACUUAACACACAAGGAGGACCCAACCCAAAUCCUCCUCCCCGUCCCGCGCCCAAUCACGCCGCAUCGCAUCCCACCACGGCCCGGAGUCCUCGUGAGUCCGAGAGCUCGAGCACUCUCCCCACUCGCGCCGCUAAUCCCUCUCCGCCUCCCGUCCCAUCGGACCGCCUGCCGUCUCAUCCCGACCGCCCCGCAACAACAAGAUCCGAAGCCUAGCACCCCCGCGCGGCCAUGCCGUGCUAGCACGCGCCCCCCGCCCCGCGUUGCUCCCCCCUUUUUAUGGAGUCCCUGCGCAGGCGGCGCGCGUACAAUGCCGCCGUCCCCAGCGCCUGCUUCCUGCUGCUGCUCCUUCUCGUCGCCGCCUUCCUCCUCCUAUCCUCUCGCCACGACUCCGGCGCCGCCGCGCGUCACGUCGUCCAGGGGAUAACUCGUGCGAGGUUUUCGUCUCCGUUUUACCGAAAGGCGCAGGGGAACUGCCAGGAGUUGCAGUCCCUCGAGGGCGUGGAGGCCAGGUGCUCGUACCUUCUGGCGCACACGCGGUGCGCGCCGUCGGGGUACGUCGAUUACCUCCGGCUCUUCUACUGCGGGUUCGGCGGCGCGCCGGCGGUCGGGUACGCCGCGUUCCUGCUGUGGCUGUUGGUGCUCUUCUACCUGCUCGGCGACACCGCGUCCGAGUACUUCUGCGCGUCGCUCGAGGGGCUCUCCGCGGCGCUCCGGCUCCCGCCCGCCGUCGCCGGCGUCACGCUCCUGUCGCUCGGCAACGGCGCGCCAGACGUCUUCGCCAGCGUCGUCUCCUUCGCGGCCGGCGACGGCGGGGACGGCGGCGGGGUGGGCCUCAACAGCGCGCUCGGCGGCGCGCUCUUCGUGUCCACGGUGGUCGCGGGCGUCGUCGCGCUCGCCGCCGGGUCCCGCGGAGGUGGGGCCGUCGUGGAGCUGCGCGGGUUCGUGCGCGACCUCUGCUUCCUCUUCUUCGCGCUCUGCUACCUCGUGGGCGUCCUCGUGACCGGCACGAUCACUGUCUGGGUGGCCGCGUCUUUCGUCUCGCUCUACGCCGCCUACGUCGUCCUCGUCUGGACGUCCCAGUGCUGCGCCGAGCCGGGCAAGCUGCCGCACGCCGACCUCGCGGCGCCGCUGCUCCUCGAAGACGACGACGACGUCGUCCCGCAGCUGCCGUCCUACUCCAAGACGAAUCCAGCCUCCCCUGCAAAAGCCUUCCUGCAUUGCCUCCUGUACGCGCUCCGAAUGCCGCUGCACCUCCCGCGCCGGCUCACCAUCCCGGACAUCGCCGCGCACCGCUGGUCCAAACCCUGCGCUGUGGCCUCCGCCGCGCUGGCGCCCGUCCUCCUCGCCACGACCUGGAUAUCGCACAGCCCCGUGGAGACCUCCUCGCACGGCGAUCACGGGCAUGGUGGCCUCGCCGUGCUCCUCGGCGGCGCCUUCUUCGGGCUACUCUUCGCCGCCCUCGCCGCGCUCACCACCGACGCAAACUCCCCACCGCGCGGCCGCCGGCGCCGCGUGCCCUGGCUGGCCGCGGGGUUCCUGAUGAGCGUGCUCUGGGCGUACACCCUGGCGCGCGAGCUGGUGGCGCUCCUGGUGGCCAUCGGGUACAUGGUGGGCGUGAAGGCGAGCGUGCUGGGCGUGACGGUGCUGGCGUGGGGGGACUCGCUGGGCGACCUGGUCUCCAACGUGGCCAUGGCGCUGCACGGCGGCGCCGGCGGCGCGCAGACGGCGGUGUCCGCCUGCUACGCGGGCCCGCUGUUCAACACGGUGGUGGGGCUGGGCCUGUCGCUGACGCUGGCGGCGGGCGCCCAGUACCCGACGCCGUUCACGCUCCCGGCGGACCCGGCGGUGUACGAGACGGUGGGGUUCCUGUGCGCCGGGCUGGCGUGGGCGCUGAUGGUGGUGCCGGCGAGGGGGAUGCGGUUGGACCGGGUCUACGGGGUGGGCCUUAUCGCCAUCUACCUCGCCUUCUUCGCCGUCCGCGUAUGCGAGAGCCUCGGCCUCUGGAAGUACUCCUGGUAGUGGUAGCUCGAGCGCAACAGCAGCAAACACCUGCUGGCUCCCACUCCCAUCAAUGGCGGGCGGCCACUGCUGUACGUAACAUAGAUCAGAUGAUGUACAGUAGCACCAAGUGCACAACUACUCCUCUUCUUUGGUGCCUAGGAUUAGCCUGAGGUUAAUUAGUAAUUAGUGGUGUAAUUAUCCAUUGUUUUGGUUGGCAUCCAUGAUCCAUCUAAUUACUUGAUUUCCCUCUCCGGUACCGAGAAAUGAAUACACGUUUUAUUUCCUUCC